AUGGAAAAUCAAAUUCAUUCUGAACUAAUUAUAAAAGAAGAAGAGGAAGAAGAAGAAGAAAAAGAACAAAAAUGUGAAACUAAAAAUAUUAUUUGUGAUGGGGAAUCAACAAUUGGCAUCAGACCAAGACCAUUAAUUUGUAAACCAGAAAAUAUUGGAUGUAAAUCCGAACCUAUAGAAACCAAGUGGCAUUGGGCUCCAGGAGCAUGGCAAGAUGCUACAAGAACUAGUGCUUUUCAACCAUAUAAGCCUCCUACUAUACUUACUAAUUUACAAAGAGGUAAUACCCAAACAGAAAUACCUCAACUUUAUAGUGGUAGUGAUAUUACAUUUCAUACAUUAGCUGGUCAAGGUGAACUUACACCUGAACAUAUACAUCCAAAUACUAUAGACACACCUGAUGAAAAAGGUUUAACUGGUCUUAUGUGGGCUGCGGGAUAUGGACAAUUAGGUAGUGCACGGCAAUUACUUAAAGCUGGUGCUAAUAAGAAUUACCGUGGUCUUAAUGGAGAGACACCUUUGCAUUUAGCAGCUGCUUAUGGACAUCAUGAUCUUGUAAAAUUAUUAUUAAAUCAUGAUGCAGAUUCGAAUGCAAGUGAUGAGGAAGGAAAUACACCUUUAAUAUAUGGAGCAUAUGGUGAUCAUCCACAUGUAUGUUAUGAAUUAUUAUCCAGAGGUGCUGAUAUAACACAUCGUAAUAUGUAUAAUAUAAGUGCUUAUCAUGCAGCAAUAUUAAAUAAUUCAUUAACUGCUAAAGCAGUUAUUGAAAAUUAUUUGAUACAACAAGUGAUAAAUAUACCACCAGAUAUAUUGCAAUAAAAUAAUAUAAUGCAAAUAAUAUAAAAAUGAUUUUUUAAUAUUAACAGGUUUUAAAAGAGAUUACACAUAAUGAUAUUUAUAAUUGAAUAUUUUAAGUUUUUAUUUUUAAUUCUAUAUAAUUAUUUAUAGCAAAUAUUUUUAAAAAAUGCAUUAUUAGUGAAUGAAAUUUAUAUUUUUAAUUUUUAUGAAUAGAAAAUUUUACAGAAAAUUUGUCAAUUAUAUUUAUACAUAUUCAAUGAGUAAAUUAAAUGAUAAAUAAAUUUUUGCUUACUUAUAAAAAGACAAAUAAAA